CUUCUGACCCCACCCGACCCCAUUACUUCAUUCAUCUGGCAGAGCUUACCAGAUGCUUCUGUGCUUCAUGCGCGCUCCUGUCUACUCCAUCAACUGCAACACGGGUUGCUGUUGCCUACCUGGAAAGCCAACAGUUGUUACGAGAAAAGAAAGAUGAGAAAAGCCCCCAAUCGGGUCUCACACGGUAUCCUCGAUCCUAGAAUUGAAAGAUUUCGCCCCCUUUGUCCCUAGACCACGCAUUGCAGUUCCUUUCGAUCAUCUGUCUUUGUCUCACUGUGACUUCUAUUUCCGAACGGCGCAACAGCCUAGCUUGAAGCAAAUUACACAUCGGCCGAUAUCUGAUGAACUGCCAAAACCUUUCAUACCUGCUCUAACCAUUCAACUCACAUAUACAACCUGGAAAGCAUACUCUAGGAAACGAACGACCGAUUGCGGAUUACGGCGCCACGGCUAAAUAAACAAGAACUAAGAACAAACACCCAAGUGCUGGCAUGUCGCUACGACCUCUACGAGGCGGCUGCCAGUGUGGCAGGAACGCCUACACCGUCAACCUACCGGAAAACGCCUCUGAACUAGCCCAAGUUCUCUUUGACGCGGACCCAAGACAUAGAAUCUUCCAAGCCAGCCCGCUGGCCGCGUUUCUCCGGGUGCCGCUGUCGUGGUACCAGAGCAGCACCUUUCCCUUCUUCGACGACGAGCGCAGCGGCGCCAUCCGCCGGACUUACACGCACCCGGCCCAGCAGGCGUCGAAGCGCAACUUUUGCGGCUUCUGCGGCACGCCGCUGUCGUACUGGUCCGAGGACCCGCCCAGCGAGGCCGACUUCAUCCGCCUGACGCUGGGGAGCCUGUGCCACGAGGACCUCGGCGACCUCGAGGAGCUCGGCCUUGUCCCCGGGUCCGACGAUGAGAUUUCGGAGGGAGGGGCUGUCAACGAGCAGGAGGGUGUCCGGAGCGAGAUGGAGGAGGAUGGGGAGGAGGGCAGGGAUAGGUCCAAUAAUAGCAGCAGCAGCAGCAACGGGCUCGCACCUCGGGAGACGUUUGGCAUCCCCUGGUUCGACAGCAUGUUGGCCGGGAGCAGACUGAGUAGGCUGCGGACGAGCAAGGUCAGUGGUCAGACUCAGAGUGGUUCGGUCAAGUACGAGUGGGAGGUUGUGGAAUGGUCGAGCGGCGAUGCGAAUCGAGGAUCGACGCCUGGAUCUGGCCUUCCGAGUCCAUCGAAGCGGCAAAAGCAGGACAUUGAAGGGACGGUACCGUUGAGGCAGUAAGCAGCAGUGGUUGGUUGAAGAAGUAGCUUUGGAAUUGGAAUCCGAGAAACUAGGUACCUAUCUACCUAUGGAUUGGAGUGCGAGCUGCUCUUGCCUUCCAGGACAAAAACUAGAGCUCGGUCUAGACUUGUCCGUGGAAGCGUUUCAUUUUCCGGCAACUAUCCUGAAUGUUCCGUCUCGGCUUUUCUAUUUCUCCUUAUCCUUUUCUUGAACUGCGGCAAAAUAAACAAAUAAAUAAAAACCUCUCGUGUAUGUCGUGCA